AUGUUCUCGCCAGCUCAUUUUUACGACAACAUGUUUCCCCCUCACGAUGGGCCUCUGGGGAUCUUUUCCGCGACCGCGGGCUGUCUCGCAGUAGGGAGUCUAUUGACUGCUGUUGUGGCUUGCCUGAGAUCUAGCUACUCCAAUACUCGCGAUUGGGUCUUCUUCCAUCUUCUCCAAUGGACCUUCCUGAUACUAGCUUGUUUCUCCCCUACCAUCUACCCGUACGAUCUCGCCAGGAACGCCACGGAGCUGGGUCCCCUUUGCCUCGCCAGUAAAUCCUCAUAUACAGGAUUUGUCGCAUCUACGGUUCUUCUACGUUUCUUAUCUUACUAUCUCGUCGAGGAUCUCAACGCUGAUGCCAAGACCAACUCGUUUGAGGACCUUUUACGGCGAAACGUCAGCGCCAACAUGAUGUUCUUGGUGCCGCACAUGAUACAUUCCCUAGGAAUCCUUACCCUCCCUUCCGAGAUAGGUCCCAGUUGCAAUCCGGGCUUCCUGAGGACUGGUUUGUAUGUCGCCUGGAUGCUUGCUCGCGCAGCUGCGAUAAAGGACAAUAUCGAGACUUUCCGCGACGUUUUCUCAUCAGGUCUUGCCACUCCUGGUCUAUCAGUGAUACGCUAUACGAUCCUCGUGAUAUACAUUUGCGUGGCGGCUCAGAUUCCUCUUGAACUAGGCGCUGUUGUUUUCGACGCGCGCGCACUGCUGGUGCUGUCAAUGAUCAGCAUGCAGGUCGCCGUCGCGGCGAUGCUGCUGGUGUGCAACCUGAGGACCUGGCGCCGGGGCAAGGCAAAGUCUCUGUCCGAUGAGAAGCCCGAUGAGAAGCCCGAUGAGAAGUCUGAUGAGCUUUUACAGACCGAAAAGUCUCUGUAG